CGCGGCGGGGGCGGUGGCGGAGUCCGCCUGUGCCUCGCGCCGCGGCGGCCCCCGCCUCCUUUCCCCGCGCCCUCCCCGCGGCCGCCGAGCCGGAGCCGGAGCCGGAGCCGCGCCGAGCCCGGGACUGCGCGGGGCCUCGCAGGCGGCGGCGCGCCGAGCCCAGCCGGGCCCCCUCCUCGCGACCUCCCGGCCCUGUUGCUCGGGCGCCCCCCGCGCGCGUGAGGCCAGGGCUGGGGCUCCCCGCGGCUUUGCGGGGCGAGGAGGAAGCCGGGCCGCGCACAGCCCCCGCCGUCCCGGGGUCGUGGGGCCGGGCUCCGGGUGUUGCAUGCGGGGCGGGGCGGCCGUGAGCCGGAGGCGAAGAUGGAAGGCUUGACGCUGAGCGAUGCGGAGCAGAAAUACUACUCGGAUCUCUUCUCCUACUGCGACAUCGAGAGCACCAAGAAGGUGGCGGCCAACGGGCGGGUGCUGGAGCUAUUCCGGGCCGCGCAGCUGCCCAACGACGUGGUCCUCCAGAUUAUGGAGCUUUGUGGUGCAACGAGGCUUGGUUAUUUUGGAAGAAGUCAGUUCUACAUUGCUUUGAAACUUGUAGCUGUUGCCCAGUCUGGUUUCCCUUUAAGAGUGGAAAGUAUAAAUACAGUGAAGGACCUUCCUCUGCCGAGAUUUGUUGCUUCAAAGAAUGAACAGGAAUCUCGCCAUGCAGCCUCAUAUUCUUCAGAUUCUGAAAAUCAAGGGUCUUAUUCUGGUGUAAUUCCCCCACCACCUGGCAGGGGGCAAGUGAAAAAGGGAUCUGUAAGCCAUGACCCUGUCCAGCCUCGUACGUCUGCAGAUCAGCAGGAACCUGCAUCCCCAGUCGUUUCACCACAGCAGUCCCCACCAACUUCUCCACACACAUGGAGGAAGCACAACCGUCACCCCAGUGGGGGAAAUAGCGAGAGGCCACUUACAGGACCUGGGCCAUUUUGGUCUCCCUUUGGUGAAGCUCAAUCAGGUUCUUCUGCGGGUGACGCAGUGUGGUCAGGGCACUCUCCACCUCCACCACAAGAAAACUGGGUCAGUUUUGCAGAUACUCCACCAACCAGUACUCUUUUAACCAUGCAUCCUGCUUCUGUCCAGGACCAGACAACAGUACGAACUGUAGCAUCAGCUACAACUGCCAAUGAAAUUCGUAGGCAAUCCAGUAGUUAUGAUGAUCCUUGGAAAAUAACAGAUGAACAAAGACAGUAUUAUGUAAAUCAAUUUAAAACCAUUCAGCCUGAUCUAAACGGAUUUAUUCCAGGAUCUGCAGCUAAAGAGUUUUUUACAAAAUCAAAACUUCCUAUUCUUGAACUUUCUCACAUUUGGGAACUUUCAGACUUUGAUAAAGAUGGAGCAUUGACACUGGAUGAGUUUUGUGCUGCUUUUCAUCUGGUAGUUGCUCGGAAGAAUGGCUAUGACUUACCAGAAAAACUCCCUGAAAGCUUAAUGCCCAAACUGAUUGAUUUGGAAGACUCAGCAGACGUUGGGGAUCAGCCAGGUGAGGUAGGUUAUUCAGGCUCUCCUGCAGAAGCACCUCCAAGCAAGUCGCCGUCAAUGCCGUCACUAAACCAGACUUGGCCUGAGUUGAAUCAGAGCAGUGAGCAGUGGGAGACAUUUAGUGAACGCUCUUCAAGCUCACAAACUCUGACCCAAUUUGAUUCUAACAUUGCACCAGCUGAUCCUGACACCGCUAUCGUGCAUCCGGUUCCCAUCCGCAUGACUCCGAGCAAGAUCCACAUGCAGGAGAUGGAGCUGAAAAGAACCGGCAGCGAUCAUACUAAUCCCACUAGCCCAUUACUUGUGAAAACGUCUGACCUGUCAGAGGAAAGUAAGAUAAAUUCAUCGGUGAAAUUUGCUUCUGGAAAUACUGUAGAUGGGUACAGUAGUUCAGACUCUUUUACUUCGGACCCAGAACAGCUUGGAAACAAUGUAACUCAUCAAAGGUCUCAUUCUGGAACGUCGCCUGAUAACACUGCACCACCGCCUCCCCCUCCAAGGCCUCAGCCUUCUCAUUCUAGAUCAUCAUCUUUAGAUAUGAAUCGGACCUUUGCAGUCACCACAGGACAACAACAGGCUGGGGUUGUUGCCCACCCUCCUGCAGUGCCUCCAAGGCCACAGCCCUCACAGGCUCCUGGUCCCGUUGUGCAUCGCCCAGUGGAUGCCGAUGGCCUAAUAACUCACACUAGUACCUCACCUCAGCAGAUACCAGAACAACCAAAUUUUGCAGAUUUCAGCCAGUUUGAAGUAUUUGCUGCAUCAAACGUAAAUGAAGAACAAGAGGAUGAAGCCGAGAAACAUGCAGAGGUCUUACCGGUUGAAAAAGCUUCUGAUCCUGCAAGUUCUCUUCGAGUUGCCAAAACAGAUAGUAAAAUUGAAGAGAAGACAGCUGCUAGUGCUCCUGCCAAUGUGAGCAAAGGCACAACACCCCUUGCGCCACCACCUAAACCUGUUCGCAGAAGAUUAAAAUCAGAAGAUGAAUUAAGGCCAGAAGUUGAUGAACAUACACAAAAGACCGGUGUCUUAGCUGCUGUUCUUGCAUCCCAGCCUUCUAUUCCUAGGUCUGUUGGGAAAGAUAAGAAAGCAAUUCAGGCAUCAAUUAGACGCAAUAAGGAAACCAACACAGUUUUGGCCAGAUUGAACAGUGAAUUGCAGCAACAAUUAAAGGAUGUUCUUGAGGAGAGAAUUUCUCUGGAAGUUCAACUGGAACAACUUCGACCGUUCUCUCACCUAUAAGCCAAUUGCCGUUAACUGUGAACAUACCCAUUUUUAAGCAGUUCUGGGUCCAAGCCAAUUUGGAGACCCAGACAGUCAGCUCACUGCUUAAUUCAACAUUGAAUUUUAUGAUUCUGUUUUGCCCUAUAUGUUCACCUGUAUUUAAGUAUCUUUUAUUUUUUAAUUUCAACAAUAAAAGGGUCAGGAUGA